AUGGGCCAGGAUGGCACGGCGGAAGACAACGGUACCUCUUCUGCGACAAGUGAACCUCUGAUCGUGCCGCGCCUAGCAAUCCCGCCAAAGGGGCGAAAGCGACAGCGAACCUCCCAAGAUCCCGAGCCCGGACCGUCGAACAAAGGACCGUGUGGCGGAAGGAGCGGGGAUAGCGUGCUUGUCCCCGAGGGAAAUUCCAGCAGCGUGAACGCCGAGGCGAGGCCGCAGAUCAAUAGUCCGGAGAUCGAGGUGCUCAAAACUAGCCUGAGGGAUGCGACCGUGGCCUUCGAGAGUGUGGAGGCAAAAGUGAAACGCCUGGAACAACAACUGGCGGAAGAAAGACAGAGCAAGGCAGAGAUGGAGAACGUGCACGCACGUCAACAGACCGAACUGCACGCUGCACAGACAGAGAUCACGCGUCUGAGCGACGAGCUUACACAACGACAGCAAGAGAUGGAGCAUGAGCGUGCAGACCAACAGUCCCAACUGCAAGCUGCACAGACAGAGGUCGCACGUCUGAACCGCAUGAACGAGAUAAUAGGCACAAUUCACGACAUUAUCAACAAGGAAGGGCACACCUGUCGACCCAUGGACGACGGCCCGCAACCGCAGUUGGUUCAGGCGGGAGGGUGA